AUGGUCGAGAGCCAGCAGCAGCUGCUGCUGCUGUGCAAGUCGCAUGCAGAAGGGGUCACGAUGGGAGGGGAGCGGCUGAGCCGAUGUGUUUUCGUGUGCGGCCAAUGGAUCGUGAAAAAAAAAAUAAAAACCAACGCCGCGCCGCCGUCGUUGCGUGGUAUGCCGUCGACGGUUGGCCACACUGCGGUGCGACCGAACGAAUCUCGUAAAAUACGGUGCAGCGGCAGCUUCCGACCGCACUGGCAGCGCGGGACCGGGGACAAGGCUCAAAACGACAAAAUACGCUUCGGGCACGACCAAGGUUGCUCCUAA